AUGGGCUAUUCUGUAAUCAACAAGACCACAGAUUCUAGCCCGCAGGCAUGUUCCCUAAAGGAGGCGUCCGUGCUCCCUCGGCUCCAAAGUCGGGCGAUGGGGCUGCCGGGGGCGCUGGGGACGGUGGUGGCAUCGCCCGAGUGGCGGCGGGCGAGGCGGGCGGGCGGUCAUUCGAGUCAGUGGACAGUGGAUAACUGGCGGGAGGGAUCCGUGGAUGGAGAUGGAGACGGCAGGUUGUCGCUCUGGAGGGGCCCUCGAUGGCUGGGCACCAGUCAAGGUGCAGGCCGGAAGCCGCGAACCCUGCUCCUGGCCGCCCGCCCGCGCUCCUUCCUCACAGGGCUCGACAGGGCACGGGCUUACACUCCGGGCCCCCGGACCGAGCGAGCGGCGGAGAAGCAGGAAGGAUCCAUGGAAGGCGCGGAUGCAGCAGCGAAAAAAGGGCUGCAACGGCAGCAGCAGAACCUGCACAUGCACUUGUUACUUGCCUGCUUUGCCGGUGCAUGCGUGCAAGUACUUCGUACUCUGUCUUGUACUCGGAAUCAGCAGUCAGCGGCAGUCUCUCUGUGCAAAGUACAUGUGGGAACAGCCGGCCGCCCUUUUCGCAUCCGUGAUUACGUCUUGUGUGGUUUUUCCCCCUUCCCAUGA